AUGCAAUCACAGUGUAUUAAUAAUUUCCGUUUCAUAAUGAAUUAUCAAGAUCAUCUUACAAAAUUUGUUGUGUUAAAACCUUUGACAAGCAAACGCGCUGAAGAAAUUGCUCACAAUCUACUCGACAUUUACACAACAUUUGGAGCUCCGGUUAUAUUACAUUCGGAUAAUGGGCGUGAAUUUGUGAACUCAAUAAUAACUGAAUUACAUUCAAUGUGGAGUGACGUUAAAAUCGUCCACGGAAAACCUCGGCAUAGCCAAAGUCAAGGUUCCAUAGAAAGGGCAAACAGAGAUGUAGAAGAUAUGCUUGCCACUUGGAUGGCACAAAAUAAUACAAAGGACUGGCCAAAUGGUUUGAAAUUUAUUCAAUUUCAGAAAAAUCGCGCUUUCCAUUCAGGUAUUGGUAGAUCACCGUAUGAAGCGAUGUUCGGAUGUCCUGCAAGAGUAGGAUUAGCUUCAAUUGGCAUUCCAACAAAUGAAAUUGAAAGUUUAUGUACUGAGGAGGAUAUUGAAUCAAUUCUACCACAAACUCAAAAUAGUGAUGAAAACACUGAAAAUAUUUCAAGUCUAAGUGAUGAAUAUUGUGAAAAUUAUACUAAAGAUGAAGCAAAACUUGGUUUGUUUUUUAUAUAA